CGAUGUAAGAUUUGUGUAAGAUAUCACCCAUUUCAAUCAUAGCAGCAUGUGAACACAAGCCCAUAAUCUACUUUCCUGAAUGGUCCACCACUAAGCGGAAAAUAAAGAAUUCAAGUUUUCCCACUUCAAAUAUUUAAUCAUGAGCUCGAAGCAAGCAACCAAAUAUAAGGUCAAUGAUCUUUUGUUCUUUCUAGUAUGAUCUAAACAAGAGAAAUGGGUGAUCAUUAAUCAUCCUACCACAAUGAUCUUCAUUCAAUGCAAUAACAGGAGUUAAAGGAUCUGACCUGUUCCUUGGGAGAACAAACUGCAGCCUCUUCCCAGGAGCAAAGGAAAAAGGGGAAAAAAACUGUAAAAGCUGAGUCUUCGGUUUUCUCUUUCUCAUUUAAUGGUCUCUGCAGUGUAGGUUGAGGUGUCCUUUCUCGGUGGGGCUCAUUCAAUUCUAAAGCUUCUCCUUUUGACCACUGGGCAACCUCACAAUCUUGCAUACAUCUCUGAAACGCCCUUGUGGUUCAUGUGGAUCUAUCUAAGCAGUGAAACUUUCCACUUGAUGUCUUAGUAUUGCCGUUCAGGAUCUUUGUCAUAAACUCGUUUGCCCUUCUUUGAGUGUUUCUUCAUUCUUGAUUUCUUGUGCAGAAGAAAUGAGUUACUUGGGUGUAGGUGUGAGUUCAGGGAAUGUGCAUGUCUACCAUGGCACUAUUCUGAAGACUACUGACAGAAGAAUCAGGCUUGUAGAGCUGAUUUUCAGAUGUGUGAUUUGUGGCUUAGGUGUUCUUGCUGCUGUUCUUGUGGGAACUGAUUCUGAAGUCAAAGAGAUCUUCUCAAUCCGGAAGACAGCCAGAUUUACUGACAUGAAAGCUCUUGUGUUUUUGGUGAUAGCCAAUGGAAUAGCUGCAACUUACUCUUUGUUACAAGGUGUGCGCUGUGCUGUUGGGAUGAUCAAAGGAAGUUUACUGUUCAACAAGCCUCUAGCUUGGGCAAUUUUUUCUGGAGAUCAGGUGGUGGCAUACUUGACAGUGGCGGCGGUGGCAGCAGCGGCACAAUCAGCAGUUUUUGCAAAGAUGGGACAGCCGGAUCUGCAGUGGAUGAAGCUAUGUGACAUGUAUGGGAAGUUUUGCAACCAGGUUGGUGAAGGAAUAGCUUCUGCACUUGUAGUGAGCCUGAGCAUGGUGGCUCUGUCUUGCAUUUCUGCAUUCAGUCUCUUCCGUUUGUAUGGUGGAAGCAGGUCUAAAAAUGGUGGCAGGUUGUAGUGUUGCCAGUUUCAAUUCUCUCAAAACUUAAAUCUAUCAUAUCACCUUGCUUUCUUCAAGGGUUUAUGUAAUUAAGAUGAUGAAAUGUGUGAGUGUCUGUUUCAUUAGCUUGAAGUUCGCAAUAAAAGAAGCUGUGUUUUGUA